GGCGUCAUCGUGAACAGCCAGGGCACGAUCAUCGACGCCGUCUACUUCAACAACAUGAAGGCGCUGAAGUGCGUUACGCACUCUGGGGACGAGAGGACGGGAGAAAAGGAAGGGCACGACGAGGUGAUCUGGGUCGGGCUGAACAAGCUCCCCGAGCACGUCAAGAUGAUGUUGUUCGUCGUAGCCGUCCACAGUGGGGGCAGCCUUCGGGACGUGAGGAACGGCGUGAUCCACGCUUUGGAAGAGAACAAGGACAACGAGGUGGCCAGGAUCGAGAUGGAGAGGAGCGGGGCAGAAGUUGACGUGGUGGCCACGCUGGUCCGCUCGACGCAAGACCCGGACGCGUGGACCUUCAGCGCGGUGCAGGUGCCUGCCCAGCACGGGCAUGGCCCUCCUCCGAACUUCAUGGAUGUGUUGGAGCCCACGAUGGGCAAUCUGAUCCGGGCCGUCAUCCCAGGAGCCCCGAAGCGGCAGAAGGUCGCCUUCGCCAUGGAGAAGGGCGACGUCCUGGACCUGCCUGCGACAGGGCAGCUGAGCGGCAUCACCGCCGGGCUGGGCUGGGACGUGGAGGGCGAGGGCCGUAGACCUGGACGUCUCUGCCGUGCUGCUCGACGACCAGGCCCAGACCGUGGAGGCGGUCUUCUUCGGCAACCUCACGGGCAGCGGCCUGCGCCACUCGGGGGACAACCUCACGGGCGAGGGCGAGGGCGACGACGAGCAGAUCGAGUGCGACCUCGGCGCCGUGCCCGCGAGGGUGUCGCAGAUCUUCUUCUUCUGCCGUCCUCGAUCGUCGUGAACAUCUACACCAGGGGCGUGACUUUCCGGAGCGUGAGCAACGCCUACUGCCGCAUCUUCGGCGCAGAGGGCUGCGAGAUGGCGCGCUUCCAGCUCACGGAGGGCGGCCGCGAGACCGCCCUGAUCAUGGCCAGGCUCUUCCGGGAGGGCGGCGGGCGUUGGGGGUUCCAGGCCAUCGGCACGUUCUCCAGGGGCCAUACUUGGAAGGACACGGUGCCGGACCUCGUGCGGGAGAGCCAGCGGCCGCCCCGGGAGCUGCAGCUGCGGGCGGCGACGGCGUUGUCGUUCGGCAGCGCGCCGCAGGUCGCCGCCGCGCCGCGGGCGAACUCCGGAUGCGGGCCUGGCAAGGGGUGCGCCCUGCAGUGA